CUCAUCCCCAAUAUCUCAAGAAUAGAAAAAUGACAGAAGUCAAGAUGGAAAUUCCUGAAAACAUUUUACAAGAAUCUGAAGAAAUUAUAAAUCAUAGAUAAUGCAGGUUCAUUUGGUGAUCUUAUUAAAGAAAUGACUAAUAGAAUUGGCGAUGAACAAGAAAGAAUAAAACAAGAAAGAAUACUUGACGAAACGGUUAAUGAAUUAAUUGUGUCAAUUAAAGAGCAAAAGGAGAAUAUCUUGGAUGAAAUGGAUUUAUUUUACUCUGAAAAAAAAUUUUCUUUACAACAAGCGCUUUCCGAUGUGAAACGGUUGCAAGAUCUUCAUGAAAAUUCAACAAAUCCAAUCAUUUGUCAAAAUAUGGAAAAAAUGAAGAAAAACUUUAUAUAUUCAACAAAGAAUCUAUUAAAUAAGGUCGCUAUCUAUUCUAUGUCAGAGUUUGCCCAAACCAAGAACAUUGGCGGUAUAAUCAAACCAAUUUUUGAAGUUCCAUUUAAAGAAGAAUUAAUCGAAUUAUCUAAACCAAUUACAAGGGUUAUCGCUACAAAGAUAGGAUUUCUAGCACUGCAAAAUGGUUGUGAGAUUAUUGAAGUAAAAACAAAAAAGUGUCUUAUCUCUGAAAAAGAUGAAAUUCUCGAUAUAUACUCAACAUACGAAGAUAAUCUUGCGUAUAUUCAGUACAGAGAAGGUAGAUUUUACUGCAAAGAAAUCAAUCUUGAAUAUAGACAGACAGAAGAAGUACGACUUCCAAAAUGUAAGAUUGAUCCUUUAACUGUUAUGUUUGGAGUUUUUAGAGAUAAUAUCAUCAUUAGAAGUUGCAAUUCGAAGGAAACAUUUAUUAUUGAAAGAAAAACUUUAUGCUGUGAAACAUGGAGUAAUAAACUUCAUAAGAUGAACCGCAACUUUACUUAUAAAGUCUUCAACAAUGGACUCUAUUAUAUUUAUAAUUCUUCAGUUAUUUGCUAUGAUUCUGAUUUUAAGAGGAGCUAUAAAAGAAAAGCUGUUAGUUGUUCGAUAAAUGGCCAUUCGAUGUACAGUAAUAUAAUGAAUAAGAUAUUGGAAGGAUACAAGAUUAUCGGUCACGACGAUAAGCUUAUUCUAUUUUCUAAAGAGUCGACUUAUUAUAUUCAACAAGAUUACAUGUUCAAAAACAAAUCAUUAAUAGAUUAUAAGGUGACAAGCGAAAAUAUUAUAUUCUGUUUAAUGGAUAGGGCUAAUUCAAAAAAGUUGUAUAUUCAAUCUUUUCCCCAUCUUUACAAAUAGACCUCAUUUAUCGUUUAUGAUUUACUUUAGCCAAUAGAAAUUAGUUGUUAUUUCCCUGUUUCUUUUUUUUUUAUAAAAAAUACUUAGUUUUGCC